AAAGAGGGGUUUAAAGGGAGCAAGAGGGGGAUCGCUUCAAUGGCGAGAGUAUGGAGAGGGUUGUGAUAUUUCCUCAGCUCUCCCUUCUCCCCUCCAUGCUCUUCCGAAGGGUCUUCACCUCCAUCGCUAGAUCCCAGCUCUCUACUCCUCUCUGGAGCUCGAUUUCAGUCGCCAUUCCCAGGUUCUCCACUCGGAAUCGGCCGGAAAUCCAAAGAAAGCGCUUCGGAUCCCGUCUCAUGGCUUCCGCCGCCAGAACCGGAGACGGCAGGCGGUCUCCCUUCGUUCCCUUGCCCCCUCCCGACGCGGAUAAGGCGGAAUUGUACAGGGGCCUUGAAGCAGCAAUAGGUUCAUCUUUCAGUUCGGAGCCUUUGUCACCACCUCCUAAUCCCCUAAUAAUUGUUAUCAGUGGACCAAGUGGUGUCGGCAAGGAUGCAGUUAUCAAGAGGCUGCUAGAAGUUCGGCAACAAAUUCACUUUGUUGUCACAGCCACCAGUCGAGCAAAACGACCAGGUGAAGUUGAUGGCAAGGACUACUAUUUUGUUACAAAAGAGGAAUUUCUUUCAAUGGUUGAAAGGAACGAGCUUUUAGAAUAUGCCCUUGUAUAUGGAGAUUACAAAGGGAUACCAAAACAGCAGGUUCGUGACUACAUGGCCAAGGGUUAUGACAUUGUCUUGAGAGUGGAUAUACAAGGUGCAGCUACCCUGAAGUCAAUACUUGGUAAUUCUGCAGUGUUCAUUUUUCUGGUUGCAGAGAGUGAAGCAGCACUUGUAAAGCGGCUAAUCGACCGUAGGACAGAAACAGCUGAAAUGCUUCUUGUAAGGGUUACCACAGCUCGAGAGGAGGUGAAACACCUGAAAAGUUUUGAUUAUGUAGUUGUGAAUGCUGAGGGGAAGCUGGAUGGUGCAGUGAAGCUUGUAGAGUCCAUCAUUGAUGCUGAGAAGGCUAGAGUCCAGCAGCGCAAUGUGCAGAUUUAGUUAAACAGAGAUGGGUAGCGUGCAAGAAGGAGAUGCCAGGCUAUCUGAUGAGGACAACGGGGAUAUGGAAUUGCAUGAAGUUAUGACUUCUACAAGCUUGGAAGCAGUGAAGGAAGAUUACUACAUGUAUGCCUUCAAAAAGGGUUUUAGCAUCCGCAGGGGAUUCUUUUAGUGCGGCCAAGAGCAACAUUAUUAGAAGGCAGGAAUUCACAUACUCUAAAGAGGGAUUCUAUAUCUAAAGGGAAGGGAAUGGUUACUGGAGAUGGCAUGCAAUAGUUCUCUACUCACAGAAAAUCACAAAGUAUGCUCACUAGUUGUAAAGCAUCAAUGUGCAUUAAGAACAUAGAGGUUGGGAUGUGGGAGGUUGCAAUUUGUAGACAAGCACAACAACCAUGAGCUGACAUAAAGUCUCUCCAAAGCAUGCUUUAUUCGAUCCCAUCGAGAAAUUGGGAAAGAGGAAAAAAAGGAAGUUAGUAGACACUCUACAUGAGUCGAAUUUUGACACAACAAAUCAUGAAUGUCAUCUCCUUAUUGUGUGAUAGUUUGGAAAACAUGCUAUUCACGAGGAAGGGCAUCAAUAGCCAUCGAACAGAUCUCUGCAAAUAAUUAGUAUUUAUUUGCAAAUGACUUUAGAUCACUUUCAAGAUCUCCAUGAGGAAAACCAUUUUUUUUCUUUCAGCUUAUUGUUGGGUACAUCGUGAGAACUUUUUUUAGGUUGAUGAGAAGUUGUUGAAUUGAUAUCAACACUUUGGUGAUGUGAUUACGUUUGCCAUCAACUGUACCAGCAAAUACAACAUGCCAUUUUCCCCAUCCUUGGUGUUAACCAUCACAUGCAAUAUAUGAUGUUUUUUUAAUAAGAGAUGAGGAGGUCGAAUCUUUUGUCUUGGUUUUUGAAACAUUUCUAGAGGUAAUGUACUGUUGGCACUCAAAAUCCAUUCCUAUGGAUCAAGACCUAGCUAUGAAGAAAGCAAUUGCACAAGUGUUCCCCAAUAAUGUGCGUAGUUUCUACAAGUGGCAUAUAUUACUAAAUGUAAGGAAGGAUUUUCUGCCUAUUCCAAUACUAGAUGGGUUUUGGACUAGUCCUAAGAAUUGUAUAAGUGGCAACCUUAGCAGUAGAACAAUUCGAGACGUCAUGAGAUGCUUUAAUAAAGAUGCAUCAACCAUUGCAAAAAGAAUGUGUUAUCCUCAUCUAUAUUUCAAAAGCUCAACUCUAUUAGCUAGACUAAAUUACCAAAUUAAUUUGAGAUUAUGCCUAUAAUUGUAUCAACCAAAAUUUGCCGUCUCGGUACUGGACCCUGUACCGGUGCCAUACUAGCAUAGUGUUGGUACGGUGCAGCAUAAAAUUUUUUUGGCGUACCGAGUGUCGGUACGCCAUCCGUACCGGAUACCGGUACUGAACCAGUAUGGUAUGGUACGCUCUGUACCGAUCGGUUUGGGCCGGUAUGGUGUACAGUGGUAGAUACUAUUAAUUAUCUAAGAGAUUAAAUUGGUACAUGCAAAAAGCUCAACCCAACAUAAGGCUAAUCACCCCAAUAGAGGACAAUCAAGUUGAACAAGCUUGAAUUAGAGAAGAAUUAGAUUUUGUUAUAUGUUUUAGCAUUGAAUUAGAGAAGAAUUAGAUUUUGUUAUAUGUUUUAGCAACCGGAUGUUCAAGGUUGUAAAGUUAAGCAUUUUGAAUUUAUGCCUGUAAGUGAAAGUUUGAAACAUGAAUUGUAUAUUAAAGCAUCCAAAUGCACUCAAAAUUAUUUAUGCUUGUAUUGAAUAAUGGUCAGAAAAACUCACUAUAAUGAAGUAAAACCUUGACAACUCUAAGUUCAACAUGGUCUUACAUCUAGGGAUAGAGUAGCAUAACAAAAUGUUCAAUGACUUGUACAAAUACGGCAAUGUGUAGAGCCACAUCGGAUGAGAAAAGGAACCUCUCAGUGAUACUAAGUACGAACCCUCAAAAUCGACGCCCAUCUCGGCCAACCGAUCUUCUGGUUGGUCGCCUUCUCUAAGAGUACACAAAUCUUGAAAAUGAUCUCUUUAUCAAUUCAAUUCCAAAUAUCGAGAAACAUAGGGCAACAAGCCUGAAUGUUGUCUUUCCUCCUAUUGAUUCAAGUAGUGAUAAUUUUAUGGUCACCAUCUAGCCAAAUGUGCUUAAUUUUUGAGUUUGUGCACAGCAAAACUAACAUUGUCCCAAGCAGCACAAAUGUUAGCACUAGGAAUAGAAGGCUACAAUGGUUCCCCUCCAAUUUUUACCAAUUUUACCCUUCAUUAUUGGUUUUGUCCUUUCCAAAGCUGCCCCCUUGCAACAUUGGUAAAAGCAUGCGGUUUUCUUUGAUAUUUGUGCUUAGAUUUAUGAAUAGCCAACACAAGUUAGCAUUUAGUGAAAAAAUGUAAUAGAAGAGAAGACUAUUGUGCCUCAAAUAAGACGUUAUAGUCUUGUAAGACUAUGGGAUUUUUACUUGAAAUAAAAAUUCUAAAAUAGUAGACAAACUUGUUUGUCAUGCAAAGUCCAACAAAGAAUUAAGGAAAGAAAGUAAUGUAUUAAUGGAAGAGCUGAAGUAUAAUUAAUUUGGAGUUUUGACAACCUAAAUCAUAUUGCUUGAUGGAUCUGGAAGAAGAAAAUAGCUCUACAAUUUUCAAUUAUGGUAUUCCCAAAAAAUGACAGGUAAAUGCCUUCAUGUCGAACUAAUAAAGGAAGAGAUAAGAAACAAAACAACCCAACAAGAAGUGAGAAACAACCAUCACAGAAAGGUUUGCGGACAUAAUCAACAAGUCUGAUAGUUGAAUUACUGAAUUCGUUCCAUGUUGAUACGAAAUUUUGAAAUUCUCAAUCAAACAGACUAUGAAACAUAGAAACUUGAUCUUUGAGUAGCAUUUAAUGACUUAAAAGAAAAUUGAAUAGAAAUAUAAGAUAUUAAACAUGUGUCAGUAGGCUGCACACUUCCUAAAGCAUUUUGGUACUGCCUUUGAUCUGAAACCAACAGACUUUGCAUACUUGUUUGCCUUGGAAAGAACUUCAUCAUGAAGUUUGUUCUUUUGAUAGGAAAUCUAGUCUAUGACAAGCUGUUAUAGAAAAUGUUUCAUUUGCCCCAUUCAGGUUAGCUGAUUAUUUCGAAUUGGUCAGCCGAGUUGGGUGCUGAUUUUUGAGGGUUAUUGUUGCCAAGAAGUUCCCUUUUUUCAUUUGAUAUGGCUCUAUAUAUUGUUAUAUCUCUGCAAGUCAUUGAACACUUUGUCAUGGUACUCUACCCCCAGAUGUAAGACCAUUGAACAUAGAGUUGUUGAUAAUUUUUCUUCAUUCUAAUGAGCUUAUUUGAUUGUUAUUAAGUAUAAGAAUAAACACUUUUGAGUGCAUUUGGAUGUCUUAAGAUCCAAUUCGUGUUUCAUUCAAGGACUCAAAUUUUGUGGGACAAGGCUGUCUUGGUUUUUUGCAUGGAUGGGACGUGCCCCAUCUUAACACUUGGGAUGGUGGACAUCCCAUCCCAUGCUAUCAUGUUCUGAUCCUAUCCCAACGCUCAGGACAUUGCCUUGUCCUGACACUUGGGAUGCCUUGUCAUUCCACUGGGACAUAAUUUCUUCAUUUCAUUUUUUUCUUCUUAUAUCCAUAAAUCAAAAUUAGAAUGCUUAACUUUGUGGCCUUGAACAUUUGGUUGGUAGAAUGUACAAUAGAAUCUAAUUCUUCUUUAAAAUUCAAGCUGGAUCAAUUGGAAUGAUUAACCUCUUUACAUGUACAAGUUUAAACCAUUAGAUUGUUUAGAUGAUAUAGCUACAAGUGUAAUUUUGAAUUAAAUUGGCAUUCUAGUUUAGCUAAUAGAGUUGAGCUUUUGGAUCAUAAAUGGGAAUAACGAAUUUCUUUUGAAAUGGUUGAUACUUCUUUAUUAAAACGUCCCAUGGUGUCUCAAAUUGUUCUGAAGUUAAGACUGUUUCUUACACAAUUCUUAAGAUCAACAUUAAAACCCUCUUCUCUGUGAUAAUAGGAAAGUAACUUUUUCUUUAUAUUUUGUAAUAUAUUUUAC